CUACGUGUUUAUUUUGAUAAACUAUAAAAUAAGAAUAAAAUAGCAGCAUGGCCAGCCAAUCUUCAUCCACCUAAUAUUAUUUGCUGAUUUUGACUUUUUGAGCUUUGACAAGGGAUAUCCUCAAACUUUCUGCCAUUUUCACCAUCAUCUCUCACGCGCCACCUCCUACCUCCCACGCGCCGCUGUCCGAUUCAAAUCCUAUCUCAGAAAUCGAAAGAGGAUUCUUGGGUUUUCUGGUAAUUUGGAAAAAAGUAUAAUUUAUGAAUUAGAGGCUCAUCGUCGCCACCAUCAUCAUCGCCGGCAUAAUGGGAGGAGUUACUUCAUCGAUCGCUGCAAAAUUCGCUUUUUUCCCACCAACACCACCGUCUUAUGAGGUGGUAGCCGACGAUAGCUGCGGCGGACGCCUAUACAUACCGGAAAUCCCUCGCCGCGAUGAUGUCGACAUCCUCAAGCUCCGUACUCGUUGCGGCAAUGAGAUCGUGGCGGUUUAUGUCAAACACUCCAAAGCUAAUGGCACGAUUCUGUAUUCCCAUGGUAACGCCGCCGAUUUGGGACAAAUGUUUGAGCUUUUCGUCGAGCUUAGCAAUCGCCUUCACGUUAAUCUUAUGGGGUAUGAUUACUCUGGUUAUGGUCAGUCUACAGGACAGGCAAGCGAGUGUAAUACAUAUGCUGAUAUAGAAGCAUCGUAUAAAUGCCUGAAAGAAAAGUACGGCAUGAAAGACGAUCAACUGAUAUUAUAUGGUCAAUCUGUCGGUAGCGGACCAACGGUUGAUCUAGCUUCGCGCACGCCUAACUUGAGAGGCGUGGUUCUACAGUGCCCUAUUCUCUCUGGGAUGAGGGUUUUGUAUCCGGUGAAAUGUACAUAUUGGUUUGACAUUUUCAAGAAUAUUGACAAGAUCGGUGCAGUUACCUGUCCUGUAUUAGUAAUCCAUGGAACUGCGGAUGAAGUAGUUGAUUAUUCUCAUGGAAAACGGCUCUGGGAACUCAGCAAAGAGAAGUAUGAGCCUUUGUGGAUAAGCGGGGGUGGACACUGCGACCUUGAACUCUAUCCAGAUUUCAUUAGACAUCUGAAGAAGUUUGUUGCGUCAGUUGCAAGCAAACAAGCAGAGAAAGCUGCCAUUGAGUGAGAUCGCUGAUAUGUUUGAAAUGUGUUACUCUUUGAGGGGUUUCUGGAAGCAUUCUAAAAUGUUAGCUAGAAAGUAAUAAACAUGAGCGUUGGUAGGUGUAGAAGAAAAGAAAAGGUUUUAUAGUAUAUUGUAUACAGUAUAUGUAAUCUCAUGAAUAGUAAAUGUAUGUAUUUUCUGCUUUCUUGAUUUAAUAGGAUACAAGGCGUUUUUCUUUCUUUAUGUGACAUUAAUGGAACAGACUUUUGUGUAAC